GCGCCCCUCUCUCCCCGCCUGUCCGCCUAGCCGUCCCUCUCCGCGCCAGGCCGCCGCCGUCGCCGCCGCCGGGCCAGCCGGAGCGGGAGCGGGAGCCGGCGGGCCGGGGCGCGGGCCGGGGGCGCGGGCCGGGGGCGGCGGCGCUCUAGCAGGGCCGAGCGCCGUGCCGGGUCCGCGGUGACCGCGCCUCCCGGGCCAUGCCCGCGGGGACGCCGCCGGCCGCCGGAGCGAGGUGCUGGCCGCAGCCACCAUGACCGAGGGCGCGCUGGCGGCCGGCGAGGUCCAAGUGCCCCUGGGCGCGCCGGCCCCGGGUCCUGCGGCGGUGGGAUCGUCCCCGGCGAGCCCUGGGGCUCUGGGGUGCGAGGCGGAGCGGGGGUCCGGGCCCGGCGCGUCGUCCCCCCAGAGCCCGGCGGCCGAGCGCGGCGCGGAGCUGGGCGCCGACGAGGAGCAGCCCGUCCCGUACCCGGCAUUGGCGGCCACCGUCUUCUUCUGCCUCGGGCAAACCACGCGGCCGCGCAGCUGGUGUCUCCGGUUGGUCUGUAACCCGUGGUUCGAGCACAUCAGCAUGCUGGUCAUCAUGCUCAACUGCGUGACCCUGGGCAUGUUCCGGCCCUGUGAGGACGUCGAGUGCCGCUCGGAGCGCUGCAGCAUCCUGGAGGCCUUUGACGACUUCAUCUUCGCCUUCUUCGCCGUGGAGAUGGUCAUCAAGAUGAUCGCCCUGGGGCUGUUCGGACAGAAGUGCUACCUGGGCGACACAUGGAACCGGCUGGACUUCUUCAUUGUCAUGGCGGGCAUGAUGGAGUACUCUCUGGAUGGACACAACGUGAGUCUCUCGGCCAUCCGGACGGUGCGCGUGCUGCGGCCCCUCCGCGCCAUCAACCGCGUGCCCAGCAUGCGGAUCCUGGUCACCCUGCUGCUGGACACACUGCCUAUGCUUGGGAACGUUCUUCUGCUGUGCUUCUUUGUCUUUUUCAUCUUCGGUAUCGUGGGAGUCCAGCUCUGGGCGGGCCUGCUUCGCAACCGCUGCUUCCUGGACAGCACCUUCGCCAGGAACAACAACCUCACCUUCCUGCGGCCCUACUACCAGACGGAGGAGGGCGAGGAGAACCCCUUCAUCUGCUCUUCGCGCCGGGACAACGGCAUGCAGAAGUGCUCGCACAUCCCAAGCCGCCGCGAGCUGCGUGUGGAGUGCACGCUGGGCUGGGAGGCCUACGGGCAGCCACAGGCCGAGGGCACGGGUGGCACCGGCCACAACGCCUGCAUCAACUGGAACCAGUACUACAACGUCUGCCGCUCGGGCGACUCCAACCCCCACAACGGCGCCAUCAACUUCGACAACAUCGGCUAUGCCUGGAUCGCCAUCUUCCAGGUGAUCACGCUGGAGGGCUGGGUGGAUAUCAUGUACUACGUCAUGGACGCCCACUCCUUCUACAACUUCAUCUACUUCAUCUUGCUCAUCAUUGUGGGCUCCUUCUUCAUGAUCAACCUGUGUCUGGUGGUGAUCGCCACGCAGUUCUCAGAGACGAAGCAGCGGGAGAACCAGCUGAUGCGGGAGCAGCGUGCCCGCUACCUCUCCAACGACAGCACGCUGGCCAGCUUCUCGGAGCCGGGCAGCUGCUACGAGGAGCUGCUCAAAUACGUGGGCCACGUCUGCCGCAAGGUCAAGCGGCGCGGCCUGCGCCUCUACGCCCGCUGGCAGAGCCGCUGGCACAAGAAGGUGGACCCCAGCAGCGCCCUGCAUGGCCAGGGCCCCGGGCACCGGCCACGGCGGGCAGGCCGCCACGCAGCCUCCAUCCACCACCUGGUCUACCACCACCACCACCACCACCACCACCACUACCACUUCAGCCAUGGCAGCCCGCGCCGGCCCGGCCCUGAGCCGGGCACCGGAGACACCAGGCUGGUGCGGGCUGGAGCACUGUCCUCGCCACCCUCACCAGGCCGCGGGCCCCCUGACGCCGAGUCCGUGCACAGUGUGUACCAUGCAGACUGCCACGUGGAGGGACCGCAGGAGAGGCCUCGGGCGGCGCACGCUGCGGCCACCGUUGCCAGUCUCAAGCUGGCCACGGGGCUGGGCGCCAUGAACUACCCCACCAUCCUGCCGUCAGUGGUGGGCAGCAAAGGUGGCACUGGCCCCGGGCCCCAGGGGAAGCGGGCCAGCGGGCCACCCAGUACGGGAGGCCACAGCGCCCUGAGCCUGAGCAGCCCUGAUCCCUAUGAGAAGAUCCAGCAUCUGGUUGGGGAACACGGCCUGGGCCGGGCCCCCAGCCGCCUGUCAGGCCUGAGCGUGCCCUGCCCCCUGCCCAGCCCCCAGGCGGGCACACUGACCUGCGAGCUGAAGAACUGCCCAUACUGCGCCAGCGCCCUGGAAGACCCUGAGUUCGAGUUCAGCGACUCAGAGAGUGGAGAGUCAGACAGCAACGCCGUCUACGAGUUCACGCAGGAUGUGCGGCACGGGGACCACUGUGACCCCAUGCAGCCGCCCCCAGCGGCAGGCGUACAGGGCCAGGGCAGCACUCGGCGGCGGGCACCGCGGGGGGCGGCCCCCGGCGAGCAGGGCGGGCUGAGCCGGGUCUGGGCCACUUUCAGCGGCAAGCUGCGCCGGAUCGUGGACAGCAAGUACUUCAGCCGCGGCAUCAUGGCAGCCAUCCUGACCAACACGCUGAGCAUGGGCGUCGAGUACCACGAGCAGCCCGACGAGCUGACCAAUGCCCUGGAGAUCAGCAACAUCGUGUUCACCAGCAUGUUCGCCCUGGAGAUGCUGCUGAAGCUGCUGGCCUGCGGCCCGCUGGGCUACAUCCGGAACCCCUACAACAUCUUCGACGGCAUCAUCGUAGUCAUCAGCGUCUGGGAGAUCAUCGGGCAGGCGGACGGCGGCCUGUCAGUGCUGCGGACCUUCCGGCUGCUGCGGGUGCUGAAGCUAGUGCGCUUCAUGCCCGCGCUGCGGCGCCAGCUGGUGGUGCUCAUGAAGACCAUGGACAACGUGGCCACCUUCUGCAUGCUGCUCAUGCUCUUCAUCUUCAUCUUCAGCAUCCUGGGCAUGCACCUUUUUGGCUGCAAGUUCAGCUUGAAGACAGACACCGGAGACACAGUCCCUGACAGGAAAAACUUUGACUCCCUGCUGUGGGCCAUCGUCACCGUGUUCCAGAUCCUCACCCAGGAGGACUGGAACGUCGUCCUCUACAAUGGCAUGGCCUCCACCUCCUCCUGGGCCGCUCUCUACUUCGUGGCCCUGAUGACCUUUGGCAACUACGUGCUCUUCAACCUGCUGGUGGCCAUCCUGGUGGAGGGCUUUCAGGCAGAGGGUGAUGCCAACAGGUCCGACACAGACGAAGAGAAGAUUUCCACCCACUUGGAGGAGGAUUUCAACAAGUUCAGAGACCUCCGGGCCACUGAGAUGAAGAUGUACUCGCUGGCGGUGACCCCAAACGGGCAUCUGGAGGGCCGGAGCAGCCUGCCCCCUCCCCUCAUCAUGCGCACGGCGGCCACGCCCAUGCCCACCCCCAAGAGCUCCCCACACCUGGACGAGGCCCAUGGCCUCCUGGACUCGCGGCGUGGCAGCAGCAGCUCCGUGGACCCGCAGCUGGGGGACCAGAAGUCUCUGUCCAGCCUCCGCAGCUCCCCCUGCGCCCAGUGGGGCCCCAACAGCGCCUGGAGCAGCCGGCGCUCAAGCUGGAACAGUCUGGGGCGCGCACCCAGCCUCAAGCGUCGGGGCCAGUGUGGGGAGCGCGAGUCGCUGCUGUCCGGCGAGGGCAAGGGCAGCACGGACGACGAGGCUGAGGAUGGCAGGCCCGGGACAGUGGCCUCACCAGGGGCGCAUGCCACCCCGCUGCAUCGCACCGAGUCCCUGGACCACCGCAGCACGUUGGACCUGCGGCCCCCACGGCCAGCCGCCCUGCUGCCCCCCAAGCUCCAUGACUGCAACGGGCAGGUGCUCGCCCUGCCCAGCGAGUUUUUCUUGCGCAUUGACAGCCACAAGGAGGACCCGAGCGAGUUUGACGACGACGUGGAGGAUAGCUGCUGCUUGCGCCUGCACAAGGUGCUGGAGCCCUACAAGCCGGAGUGGUGUCGGAGCCGCGAGCCCUGGGCCCUGUACCUCUUCUCCCCAAAAAACAGGUUCCGCGUCUCCUGCCAGAAGAUCAUCGCUCACAAGCUGUUCGAUCACGUGGUCCUGGUCUUCAUCUUCCUCAACUGCAUCACCAUUGCCCUGGAGAGGCCCGACAUCGACCCAGGCAGCACCGAGCGCGUCUUCCUCAGCGUCUCCAACUACAUCUUCACCGCGAUCUUCGUGGUCGAGAUGAUGGUGAAGGUGGUGGCCCUGGGCCUGGUUUCGGGCGAGCACGCCUACCUGCAGAGCAGCUGGAACGUGCUGGACGGGCUUCUAGUGCUAGUGUCCCUGGUGGACAUCGUCGUGGCCAUGGCCUCAGCCGGCGGCGCCAAGAUUCUCGGCAUCCUGCGGGUGCUGCGCCUGCUGCGAACCCUCCGGCCUCUGAGGGUCAUCAGCCGCGCUCCGGGCCUCAAGCUGGUGGUGGAGACUCUGAUAUCGUCGCUCAGGCCCAUCGGGAACAUCGUCCUCAUCUGCUGUGCCUUCUUCAUCAUCUUCGGCAUUCUAGGCGUGCAGCUCUUCAAGGGGAAGUUCUACUUCUGCGAGGGCGCCGACACCAGGAACAUCUCCACCAAGGCCGAGUGCCGGGCCGCCCAUUACCGCUGGGUGCGGCGCAAGUACAACUUCGACAACCUGGGCCAGGCGCUGAUGUCCCUGUUCGUGCUCUCGUCCAAGGACGGCUGGGUGAACAUCAUGUACGACGGGCUGGACGCCGUGGGCGUGGACCAGCAGCCCGUGCCCAACCACAACCCCUGGAUGCUGCUGUACUUCAUCUCCUUCCUGCUCAUCGUCAGCUUCUUCGUGCUCAACAUGUUCGUGGGCGUCGUGGUGGAGAACUUCCACAAGUGCCGCCAGCACCAGGAGGCGGAGGAGGCGCGGCGGCGCGAGGAGAAGCGGCAGCGGCGCCUGGAGAGGAAGCGCAGGAGUAAGGCGCCCCCGGUGGCGGUGGCGGAAGCCCAGCGCAGACCUUACUAUGCUGACUAUUCACCCGCCCGUCGCUCCAUCCACUCACUGUGCACCAGCCACUACCUUGAUCUCUUCAUCACCUUCAUCAUCGGGGUUAACGUCAUCACCAUGUCGGUGGAGCACUACAACCAGCCCAAGUCGCUGGACGAGGCCCUCAAGUACUGCAACUACGUGUUCACCAUCGUCUUCGUCCUUGAGGCCGUGCUGAAGCUGGUGGCGUUUGGGUUCCGGAGGUUCUUCAAGGACAGGUGGAACCAGCUGGACCUGGCCAUCGUCCUGCUGUCCAUCAUGGGGAUCACGCUGGAGGAGAUAGAGAUGAGCGCGGCCCUGCCCAUCAACCCCACCAUCAUCCGCAUCAUGCGUGUGCUGCGCAUUGCCCGCGUGCUGAAGCUGCUCAAGAUGGCCACGGGUAUGCGGGCCCUGCUGGACACGGUGGUUCAAGCCCUGCCUCAGGUAGGGAACCUCGGCCUCCUUUUCAUGCUCCUGUUUUUUAUCUAUGCUGCCCUGGGAGUGGAGCUCUUCGGGAGGCUCGAGUGCAGCGAGGAUAACCCUUGUGAGGGCCUGAGCCGGCACGCCACCUUCUCCAACUUCGGCAUGGCCUUCCUCACGCUGUUCCGCGUGUCUACGGGGGACAACUGGAACGGGAUCAUGAAGGACACGCUGCGGGAGUGCGCGCGUGAGGACAAGCACUGUCUCAGCUACCUGCCAGCCGUCUCGCCUGUCUACUUCGUCACCUUCGUGCUGGUGGCCCAGUUCGUGCUGGUGAACGUGGUGGUGGCCGUGCUCAUGAAGCACCUGGAGGAAAGCAACAAGGAGGCCCGCGAGGACGCUGAGCUGGACGCCGAGCUCGAACUGGAGAUGGCGCAGGGGCCCCCCGCCCGGCCCACGCCCGCGGCCCAGCAGAGCCAGGGCACCGGGCCGGACGCUCCCAGCCUCCUGGUUGUACGUAAGGUGUCCGUGUCCCGGAUGCUCUCGUUGCCCAACGACAGCUACAUGUUUCGGCCCGUGGCGCCGGCUUCAGCCCCUCACCCCCACCGGCUGCAGGAGUUGGAGAUGGAGACCUACGCAGGCACCGCCCCCUCGGGCCCGGUCACUUCCGCGCACUCGCCGCCCGUGGAGUCCUGUGCCUCCCUCCAGGUCCUCUCGGCUGCGUCCUCCCCAGCCAGGGGCAGCGACACACUCCUUGCCCUGCCUCCUCGGGGUGCCGCCCGCUCGCCUAGCCUCAGCCGGCUGCUCUGCAGACAGGAGGCCAUGCGCACUGACUCCUUGGAAGGGCAGGUCGACGGUCCUGGGGACAGUGGCCCCAGCUGGGGAGAGUCUGCCAGGAAGACCCCUGCAAGGCAGACAUCCCUGGGGGCCUCCUUGAGGACCCCACCCCGUUCCCCACGGACCCCCAGCAUCCGCACCCGCAAGCACACUUUUGGACAGCGCUGCAUCUCCAGCCAGCCGCUGGCCGCCAGUGGGGAGGAAGCCGAGGCCCCAGACCCGGCCGAUGAGGAGGUCAGCCACAUCACCAGCUCGGCCCGCAGCCCCUCGGCCUCGCAUUCGGCUUCUCCUGCUGCUCACGGAGUGGCGGGCGGUGAGCCGGACCCACACAGGUUCUGCAGUAUCAACACCCAGGGCUUCCUGGACCAGCCGGGCCGGGCAGACGAGCAGAGGCGGCCCUCGGGGGAGCAGGGUGGCGGGGACAGCCGCCCGGAGGCUGGGGAGGUGAGGUCUCGAGGCCCGGAGGCCGAGCUGGCCCUGGGAGCACGCCGGAAGAAGAAGAUGAGCCCCCCCUGCAUCUCUGUGGAGCCGCCCACGGAGGACGAGGGCACGGCACGGCCCCCCGCGGCCGAGGGCGGCAGCACCACCCUGCGGCGGAGGACGCCAUCCUGUGAGGCCGCACCCCACAGGGACUGCCUGGAGCCCGCGGAGGGGGCGGGGGGGGACCCUGCCGCCAGAGGGGAGCGGUGGGGCCAGGCCUGCCGCACAGAGCACCUGACUGUCCCCAACUUCGCCUUCGAGCCGCUGAGCAUUGGGGGCCCCGGCGGGGACCUGUUCUUGGAUGGUGGUCACGGUGUGGCCUCAGAACCAAGAGCUUCCUCCUCAGGGGCCACGGAACCCCCCAAACCCCACGAAACAGAGCCUCACGUGCCCUCUGGUGACCCCCCAGAGAGGGGGCAGGGACUGUACCUUGAAGUCCCCCAGAGCCCCUUAAAGAAAGCAGGGUCACCCCCGGCUAUCCCCGGCCCUCAUGACAGUGUAGAUGAGCCCGUGUAGCUCAGGGCACAAGGCCACACCGGCUUUGGCACUGGGGUUGGGUGCACCCAGCGGGGUGGUGGCCCCUGGGUGGGGCUGUGCGUGGACCCCGGCUCAGGCCCCACCGCAGAGAGCAGAGGAGCCCGGGCGGAUGUUAUCGGGGGAGAGGGAGGCAAAUGCUGGUACUGGGCAAAGCAGAGGGGGGCCCCUCAGCCGCGAGCCUCCGUCCUGUCGAGUCAGGUAUGGGUUUCUCCGAGUCAUGCUGCACUGGUCUGAGGCCAUGCCAGUGAUUUGGUCACAGUCCCAUAACGAGAGAGCUGUGUCCAUGGGACAAGGGCCAGAAAGUGACCAAAAGGAGGAAGGCAGAGGCGCCCAGCAGAGCCCUAUCCUCACGACCACUUAAUUGUAUAGGGAACACGCGCUUGGGGCCAUUUGUGCCCUCACAGGUGGCAGCUCAGUCCCCGAGGCCACCGUGGCUAUGCUUCACCGUCACUCACAGUCCGAGUUCUUGUCCGUGUGUCUCCACCCUCACGGCCGUCUUUCCAUCUCCCCUCCCGCGCCCACCCUCUCCAUUCUGUCCACUUGGUAUUUGGGAAAAUGCCUGCAGACUCCGGUCUCCGGGAAACAGCAGGUCUCCAGGGCGUGGCACCCACGCAAUAAGACCCCCAGCCCGCCUCCGACAGGCGUCUCUGGGGCCCAGGCUGAGAGGUCUCAGCUGACCCCCCUCAUUUUGUUUCAUUUCUUUUAUAAAUUUAGGUUAAACGUUGCAAUAAUUUGAUUCAGAAAAUUUGGCUUCUCAAGUCAAGGGGAGGGGAAGGGGGGGCAAAACAGAAUAAAUAUU